AUGGCUGAGCACUUCGUUUCGUUCACGCCUCUGGUUGCUCCGCUUACCCCCGUUUCCAACGAGCAGGUGUUCAACGAUUUGCAAUGGAAAACACUCUUAUCCCUGGCCGAUACCGUCAUACCGUCUGUGCGCGGUCCCAGGUCCCGCAAGUCGCGCGCUACCAAGGUCGUACCGCAGGCGAAGCUGGAUGCCGCGCUUGAAACCCUCAAGGAAUCGAUCCGCAGUCCCGAUGCAGAUACCCUUGCCACACAGUACUUGGAGGAGAACCUGACCUCCAUUCCGGACGUUCGCCAAGCACUCCAACGCCUCUUCACGCAGCAUGUCCACCUGGAAGGACGAAAUGGGCUGAGCAUGAUCCUCACUGCUUUGAACACGAAAGCGGGCUCUCUACUCCUGACGGGCUCGAUGAUCCCCAUCCAAGACCAACCAUUUUACGUUCGAGAGCAGAUCUUCCAAGCCUGGGCCGACUCGCGAUUACCUCCCGUGCGGAUGGUAUAUCGUGGACUCACUGCUAUGUUCAAGAAGAUGUGGGUAGUGUUCAGCCCUGCCCUCUAUCCGACACUCGGUGUUCCCCUCGUUCCCAUCCAUGGAUCUCCGCAAAACGGCUUCCAGUUCGAGUUCUUGCAAUUCCCCCCCGGACAAAAGCCCGAGAUGAUCGAAACAGAUGUGCUUGUCAUCGGAAGUGGCUGCGGUGGCAGCGUCACAGCCAAGAACCUCGCAGAAGCCGGCAAGAGAGUUAUUGUGGUGGACAAGGGCUAUUCGUUCACCACCCAGCACUUCCCCAUGAAGCCAAACGAGGGCUUCAACAAUCUGUUCGAGAAUGCUGGCUCCGUCACCAACGACGAAGGGUCGAUGGGUGUACUCUUUGGCUCUACUUGGGGUGGUGGUGGCACCGUCAACUGGUCCGCGUCGCUCCAAACCCAAGGCUACGUCCGCCGCGAAUGGGCCAACCGAGGUCUGCCGUUCUUCACUUCCAUGGAGUUCCAGAAUAGCCUUGACCGUGUCUGUCAACGGAUGGGAGUCAGUGCCGAUUAUAUCAACCACAACAAGGCUAAUCGCAUGAUCCUCGAGGGCUCUCGAAAACUAGGAUAUGCUGCCAAGGCGGUCCCGCAGAACACCGGCGGCUCGACGCAUUACUGUGGACAUUGCACACUGGGCUGCCAUACCGGCGGCAAAAAGGGUCCUAUCGAGACUUAUCUCGUUGAUGCCGCCAACGCGGGCGCGACGUUCAUUGAAGGCUUCAAUGUGGAUCGGGUCCUCUUUUCCAAGAAGAAGGCUGGAAAGGUCGCCUCUGGUGUCCUUGGCACAUGGAUUUCCCGUGAUGCACACUUUGGUGUUUCUGGACUCGGCGCUGUCAAGCGGAAAAUCAUCAUCAGGGCUAAGAAAGUCGUGGUCGCCGGCGGCUCACUGCAUAGCCCGCUCCUGCUCAUACGAAGUGGCAUCAAGAACUCGAACAUUGGGCGAAACCUUUACUUGCAUCCAGUUGCCAUUGCGCAUGCCGUCUUCGACGAAGAGAUCCGUCCAUGGGAAGGGGCUUGCUUGACCGCGGCUGUCAAUGAGUUUGAGGACAUGGAUGGCCAAGGCCACGGUUUUAAGCUCGAGGCUUUAUCCAUGCUUCCGGCAGCGAUACUUCCCAUCUUCACCUGGCGUGAUGGACUAGACUUCAAGCUCCAGGCCGCCAAGUUACCUCGCUCGGCCGGCUUCAUCACUCUUGUACGAGAGCGAGACCCUGGGCGGGUGUACCCGGACCCCAACGACGGCCGAGUGCGAAUCGACUAUAGCGUUUCCCACUUUGAUCGCAAUCAUAUGAUCGAGGGUCUGAUUGCUAGCGCGAAGAUUGCAUAUAUCUCAGGUGCUAGGGAGAUUCACACAUCGUACCGUGACAUGCCGCCAUUCGUCCGGCCAGCCGACGAUUCAAUCGAUUCUCCCCUUGGGGUCAACGAGCCAGCGUUCCAGUCAUGGAUAGAGGAACUCCGACGGAAGGCACCAAAGACAUCGGACAGGGUCAUGUGGGCCAGCGCACACCAGAUGGGAAGUUGCCGGAUGGGCUCGUCACCACGUUACAGCGUCGUCGAUGCGGAUGGUCAGGUCUGGGGUACCAAGGGGCUGUAUGUGGUCGACGCGUCGAUCUUCCCGAGCGCCAGCGGCGUCAACCCCAUGGUGACCAACAUGGCCAUUGCGGACCAUCUGAGUCGAAAGAUUGCCAAGUCGAUGGAGCUACCAACCGCACGUCUCUGA